CACAUUAAGUUUUAAAAAUAUAAUAUAUGUGAUUAUUUUUAUGAUGUUACAUAUAAAAUACAAUUAAUUAUAUGAUUACUUAUAUGAUGGUACAUAUAAAAUAUGAUUAAUUAUAUGAUAGCACAUAUAUGAUAUAUAAUAGUGACAUGAAAAAUAAAUAGCAACAUAUUUUUGAAAAAUACACCUGUGCGGACGCGCGGAUCAAAAUCUUGCUGAUCUGAUGUUAACUGCUUUAACAUCAGCUAAAUAUAAUCGGUACAUUUGACAUUAGUUUAUACUAUAUGAAUCUGCAUCAGUUAAAGAAUGUAUAAACAUUUUUAAUCUGUUAUUGUCAACUUCUUUUUAUUCCAAAGAAGAUGAUAAACAAACACGGGACAUCUCAAUUUUCAAAGUCCUAUAAGAAAAAAAAAAGGAAAGAAUCCAAAGUACCUACUCCACCGUGUUAAGUGAUACAUCAAUGUUGACAAAAAAAAGUGAUACAUCAAUAUCACAGAAACGUUUUGUCUAUUAUACCAAUAAGUGGGAUGUAAAAAGUGUUAUCGAUGUAAACCUAUCACCUUUGGCACCUAAAUAAUUUGUGACGUAAACCUAAAAUAAAUGAUAACUAGAAAUGAUUUGCACAUCCUUUUUUUGAACUGAAUGAGUUGUACAUCUUUUCGGUCGGUUGCACAACAUGAAACUCAAAGCUAAUGAUUCGGUACAUUUCUUAUUCGUGCAUAUAAUAUAUUUAUAUAGGAGAAUUUGUCAAAUAUGAUUAAAAACUUAGUUUUAAUCCCAAAAGUAUAUUCAAACUUGAAUCAACUCCAAAAAUAAUCCAAAAGACUAUUGAAACAACUAGCUCAUGUGAUCAAACAAAAACUCAGAAUUCAUUCUUACAAUAUAACCUCAUAAAGUUUUCUGAAGUUAUGUAAGUCUUAGAAAACUUUUUUAAAGUCUUCUCAUAUAGUAGAUUUUAAAAAUAAUUUAUAAAGUUUAUAAACAAUAUUUUGAUGGGAAAAAAUUGAAAUCAUGCAAUUAUAAACAUUUAUAAAUGAUAUAAAUUAAGAUAUAGUAAAAUUGAAUUGUUUUCAACAAAGACGAGUGAGUUUAGUAUGUCAUUGUAUUAGUAGGUUAAUGGUUUGGUAACAUAUGUUGUAGUAUUAUAUGUAUUUUUAGGGUUAGAUUUUGAAAGAUAUUUUUUCUGGAAAAUUAAAUUUUUGCUUAUUUGUGUUUAAUUUUGUGUAUAUUAAACACAUUUAAAGGUUAUUCUAAAUUUUAUGAAUUGUUUGUUUUUAAUUAGUUAGUUAUUUUGAAUUUAAGGUUUAAGUGACUUAAGUUUUCCAACAAGUAAUGCACUAGAAGAAUUUUGCAAAAAUCUUCUCGGCGAAUAGUAAAUUUAUGGUCUAGAAAACUUUCAAGUAAGUCUUUUAGGAAAUUUUCUAUUAGAAGAUUUACUUGAAAUUCUUCUGAAUCAAAAUAUUUAACCUUAUUGAAAUUUUUGUCUCCCUAUAUAGAGAAAAUUAUACAUUCUCUCUCUUCUUCGCCAAUAGCUGCAAUAAAAAUAUAGUGUUUCUCAUUUUAGAACUCUCCAUCCUCUUUCUAAACUCUUUAAACUUAAAACACCAAAUUUUAUAUCAGUUUAUUGUUAUCUCAUGUCUUCUCACUGAUUAAUUUUAUUUUUGCAAGUUUUUUUAUUACAUGGUUCUCAUCUUCUACUUCUUUAAUGGUAGAUCUAUAAAUAAUAUUUUUUUUUCAUUUGGUAAUCUUUUGUUGCUUAUAACUCUUUUGAAGUUUUUCUAUGUUUUGAAGGUAUUUAAAUGCUUUUGGAUAUGCAUGUCUUUCUCAUUUUAGACAAACUUGGAAAACUUUCUGGGAAGUCUUCUUGGAAAUCUUAUAACAUUUAAUGCACUAGAAGACUUCCUGAAAGACUUUCUAUAAAUCUUCUGAAAGACUUUUGGCGGAGUCUUCUCCCAUUUAUCUUUUUUCAUAACAGAUCUGAGUGUUUUGGUAAGUUUCUAUGUCUGAUUUUCGUUCAUUUGAUAACCUCUUGUUGCUUAAAUCGCUUCUCUUUUUCACAAAAUAAACUGUCAAAUCUCUCUCUUAUCUUUUAAAACUUGAAAACACCAAACUUUAUAUCAAUUUAUCAUUUUUUUAUCUCAUAUCAUUCUCACUAAUUCAUCUUGUUUUGUAGGUUUUUCAUUACAUGGUUUUCAUAUUUCACUCCUUUAAAGGUAGAUCUAUAAAUCGUAUUUUUUCAUUUGGUAACCUCUUGUUGCUUAAAGCUCUUACGUUUUGAAAACUCUUUAGGUCGCUUUGAGCUCUUACCUUAUUUUUGAAGCUUUUCUAUAUUUUGAAACCAUUGAAUGCUUUUGGAUAAGCGGGAUUUUCAGAUCUGAGACAGACUUGGAAGAUUUCCAAAGAAGUCUUUUCGGAAGCCUCGAGAGUCUUCUAACAUUUACUGCACUAGAAGACUUCCAGAAUACUUCCACGGAGUCUUCUAGCAGAGUUUUGUCCCAGAUCAAGUGGAGUCCAAGCUUUUCUUUGUGGAGGAAUGAUCCUAUAAUAGUUUUGUUUAUGUUAUAUUUUGUGAUUCGUAAGUGUGUACUCUUUUAGUUGUGAAUUCUUUUGUAAAUUUCAAGAGAUAUAUUAGUGAAUUUUUUUUUGGUAAAUAUCUUCAUGUCUACAAUAUUAUCUUGCCAAAAGUACUUGACAAUAUUGAAAUUUAUUGAUACAACUUCAACAGCAAAACACAAUAACAUAAGAAAAAUUAGUCAAAUUUACUACAACUAAGGGAGAAAAUUUGUCAAAAAAACUUAGUAAAAUUCACAAAAAGAUCAAACAUUACAUUAGUUCAAACAUAUAACAGUUUCACUAGAAGUCUUCCGGAACACUUCUUCUCAGAAUACUUAAAUUUCAAGCGAAAAAUUUAAGAUGUAAAAUUAAAAUUUAAGCGGAAAACUCAAAUUUUAAGUGAAAAUUAAAAUUUUAAAUUUCAUGGAAGUUAAAAAGUAUAUAUUAUGAUCUAAGAAGACACAUUAAACCAUAUGACUUAAUAUUUUUGAAGUUACUUAACACUUUUAAAAGUUAAAACACAUAUCUUAAAAGUUCCUUAACAAGUAUACAAAAACUAGUGUAGAAGAGAAGUCUUCUUGAAUUAGCUAGAAACAUUGAUAACAUGAAUGUUGGUAACCCCAUAAUUAAAAAUAAGAAGUUAUGAAUUUAAUUCAGGAACUACAAUAUCGACUAAUAUACAUGAAUUAACAAGAAAAUAUUAAAAAAACUUUAUUUAAAAAAAUGAUAAUUUAUUAAACAUUGACGUAGAAGUUCUUUGGAAGUCUUCCUUUGUACAUAUUGCCUUACUUUUGUUUUUGAAAAAAUAUUGAAAAUACCAGAGAAGAUUUUUCCUGGUAAGUCUUCUAGGAUAAACAUGUUAGUUUUGCAAUUGACCGAACUGUGUCAAAAAAAUUAACUUUUCUAGAAGACUAUACACAAAAGUCUUUCACGAAAAAAAUAAACUUAAUAUUUUAUUUUUGAUAGAAAACUUCCAUGUAAGUCGUCUCAGAUUACUUUUUACAACUGAAAAAUAAAAUUUAAAUAUUUAAUUUUAACUAGAAGACUUCUAUGUAAGUCUUUCGGCAUAAGACUUAUACGGAAAUCUUCUGUGAUAACCAAAGGUUAACCAGAAUCUCGGAAUAAAACUCUGAAAGACUUACAUGGAAGUUUUCUAAAUAAAAUUAAAUAUUAGCCUAAAAAAUAGCCUAAAAAAAUGGUUCCUAAAUUUUUGAAUUUUUUCUUAAAAAAAGUAUUUAAGAAAUUAUUUUUUUUGAAAAAAAUAAUUUUAAAUUUUAUUAAUAUUUUAAUUAUUAAUAUUUAUUUAUUUUUUAUAUUUAAUAAAUAAUUGGGUAAAAUUAUAAUGAGUGUGUAUAAUUACUAUUUACCCUUUUAAUGGAAUUUAAUUUGGUUACUUUGAUCUUUUUUAGGCUAUUUAAGAAACAAAAAUUUAAAAAGACUAUUUAGGAGAUUUGCCUAAAUUAUUUAGUUUGAAGGUAUUUUUACAAAUUUUCUUUAUUGUAUUUUUUGUUCUCAAUUUUCGCCGAGUAUGUUAUCGACCGAAUAAAGCUUGUUUCAAAACGUUCCGGAUAACUAAAUGGGUCCAUUAUGGGCUAAUGUUACUAAGGCAAAAAGCUUUGCUAAUUGCAAUUGAUCCUUCUAAUUUCAAUUUUCUCAGUAGUCAGAAACAAGUCAAACAAUUGUUCUGGAAGUACGACGUUUGGACUUGCACUCUUCUCAAAGGAGAGAACAUGGAGACGAAGAAAGAAGAAGUGACUCCUCUCAAAGGAAUAUUAUGUCUGAAAUCCAGACAAGACAUGAAGAGAAUCGAGGAAACAGAGGACUGCUUCAUCCUCGAUUUCAAUCCUUUUGAUUCUUUUGACGUUAAGAAUCUCUCUUUUGCCGGUGAUCAUGAGGGUGACAAAGAUCUGGCUAUCAUCCAUGAGUCAGGCCAGGUAGCUUGUAGAGAUUUCCCACAUCCAAGACACCUUUGCUUGAAUUUUCCCUUUGGAUCAACUCCUAAUGCAACCCAUUGUCAUCUGUGUUACUGUUGCAUCUGCGAUAAGCCUGCUCCUUGUGCACAGUGGAUGUCUUCGCAUUGCAGUGCUUCAGCAGACUCUAUGGAGUGGAGAACUAUGGAUUGACAAAUGCGUAACUAUUUACAUCUUUUGUUAUUAGAUUAUCUUUUGUUCACAGUCUCCUUUGCAUUUAGACCUUUGAAUUGAUUAGUAGAUCAACAACAUAGCUUUUGAAGACUUAUGUAAUCACAAUGCCUAAUUACUUAAUAUGAGAUUUGUUAUGUGUGUGCGUGUGCUCUUGUUGGAAAUGCAUUUGCUUAGCUAAAUUGUUGCUUGCUGAGAGGUUCCAGUACGUACGUCGAUAAAACGGGGAAUAUUUACAGUGUCAUGAGUCGAUUUCAACGUCCAGAAAGCAUAAAACACAUUAUUGGUCCCAAGCCGGGACGGCCUGCAAGUCAUGUUCUUUGAAUCAUUAAUUUGGGGACAGAAUGAUAUUUAUAUAUUAACCACAUGAGUUUAAUAGACUGAAACAAAUGUAAUGUUUAAUCAUGUCAUGCCAAAUCUGGACCCUAGUCCCAAGUCCCAACUUGCAAGCUUUAAUAUACCUUAAGCUUUUUGCCACAUCAGUCUCAAAUCACAUAUAUAGAGGAUUGUUUUAUAUUAUUCUUAGAAAUAAAAACACAAGUACAAUUUAUUGAUAAACAGGUCGCACGGCAACCAUGAUUAAGCAUCAUAGUUUAAGACUUUAAAUCGGAAAAGAUCACAUAAGUACAACAAUUAAGCUGGUGAAGUAGACGUACAAGAGAGAGCAUGCAUGCUUAUUUAUAAAGCACCACUAAGAAAGCUUUUUCUCAGAUCUUCUUGAGCAGCUCAAUGAC